ACGCUACGGUCACACCACAGCGAAAACGAAAACGAGCCGGACGUGUUUGGCCGUUGAGUUUUGAUUUUUAAUUCCGACGCGCAGCCGUUGACGCGUGCCUUUGGUGCAAUUCGAUUAAAUUGUUUAUCAAUUCGUUAGUUCAAUUGUUUAAGCAGGUACGCGGAAUCGUUAGCAGAGGAGAACAGGCGACGCUGCCUAAAUGCGUGCUUGUGUGUGUGCGUGAGGACUUCAGUCUGCGCGCUGCUUUUUAAUUGAGUAAAUUAAAAGAAAAAACAGAAAAACUAUGCUCGCUAAAUGCAUUAGAACAGCGUCAAGUUAAUGAAAAUAAAUAAACGAAUUGAGUACAAACGAAUUAUUUGUCUCCUUGUGUGUUCGUUUUGAGUGUGUUAGUGUUGGUUUUUGUGCAUGUUCCACGAAUUAUUCGCCUUUAACAAAUAACAAGAUCCAUCGAUAUGGAGACCAUUGAAGAGCAAUCAAAAUGCGAGAUGUCCAUUACAACGCUGCCCACUCGAAUCUGUCUGGUUGGAGGCGUUGGUCAGGAUGCGGACACGCUGCAGGCAGCCGAAUCCUUUGGUCUGCCUAUAGUAACAUCAGACACUGGUCUGGAUAUCAUUGGAGAGUCGGACUGGCGGACCUUCUAUGUGCUCGAUGAUUUCGAGGGUGCCAGCUUUGAGGCGAUACACAAGCAAAAGGAAUGCAUUCUGGGACCGCCGGCUUUGAAGUAUGCGGCCGAGAUGAAACAGACACUGGGCCAGAACUCUCGGCCCAUUUACAAUUACGCGAUGCGCGGCGUGGUCACUUGCUUCACGGGCAUACGCAAGAAGGAUGAACUGACCAAAUUGGUUAAUCUCAUUCACUCGAUGGGCGGCUGCAUCAAGAAGGACCUGAAUACCAAGACCACGCAUUUAAUUUGCAAUCACAGUGGCGGCGAAAAGUACCAGUACGCCAAAACCUUCCGAUUGACUGUGGUUCGUCCUGCUUGGGUGUUUGCCGCCUGGGAGGAUCGUAAUUCCCUAGAGUUCGACGCUACGCAGGAGAUCUUCACCAAAACGCAUCGACUGAAAGCCUUUGAGGGCCAGAAGAUUUGCUUUUUUGGAUUCCCCGCCGAGGAACAUCAGCACAUGGUGGAUGUACUUUUAGAGAACGGUGGCGUUUGUGCCGAACUUGAGGAUCCAGAGUGCUCACAUGUCGUGAUGCCCAAUACGGGCGCAGUAUUUACAAGCACUAGCACUAGCACAGAUACUAACCCAAGCACCCAAACUAACCCAAUUGAAACCCAAAACCCAGGCAGUAGUAGUUCAACGCAGGCGGAAGGGGAAGAGCAGAUGCAGGCUGAGGAUCUUGAGCGGGCUGAGAUUAAAAAGGAAGACCUAUCCCAUACGGAAACGGAUAAUGGAAUGGCUUUGGAUAUUGAUCAGGAGCAGGAUCAAAAAGAAAAUCAGGCUAUCGAAGAUGAAGAUGAUAUACACUUUGACGAACGCCUCUUUGUGGAGGCAGCAGAUAUAAGACAUAACGGCGAUGAUCAGUUGCCUGAAUCGGAUGAUGAAGACUUGGAGGAGGAACAGAAGCCCAAAAUGGAGGUGGAACCAAAGGUAGACGAAGACGAGGAAGAUGUCCAGGCCAGCACGCCAAAGACCAGUAAAAUAAGAACAAGUUUAAAAGCUGCCACACCUUUAAGUUCACCUGAGAUGGAUGGCAUUGUCUUGGAUUUCGAAAGCACUACCCAGAAUAUUUCACCUAUUUUAAAAGCCAUUGACGAGUGCGACUUGGAGACAGAUGAUCUGCCAGCCGCGGAGAAUGAUCUGAAGCGCAAAAGGGAUAGCUUUGACAAUGUGUCCCUGAUGUCGGUGGAUUCCUUUGCCCUGCCAGCGAGCACAAAGAAACCCAAACUCAUACGUACAGGCUCCAUUUCCAGGACACUCCGGCGAUCUGUAAGCUUUGUGGCCGAACCACUAAUGAAGACUUUAAGGCCCCGUCGGAGUUCAGUGGCAGAUGCCUCGAGUUUCGUUGGAAGCGAGGCAGCUGAUAAUUCGAUUUGCUCUUUGACCUCGUCGAUAAAUUUAACACUAAACGAGUCUAUCAGAAAGCCAGUUAAGGAAAAGCUUCGCAGUUUUUGUGGAAGGAUAACAAGAAGCAGCAGUCGUAGAACGGACAGAGGUGUCGAUGGUACUCCGGAAUGUUCAACCCAACUGGAUAGUGGUUUCAAGACACCAAAAGCACCCAAGCUCAGAUCAACAGCCACACCGAAAACCGGCAAACGACUCUUUGGCCCCGUCUCCAGCGUUGUUUCCACUUUGACCCUAACUAACCCCUCCACACCCACUCUGAAUCCCAUCCCGAAUCCCAGUUCCACUGUCACUUUGGAUGUCAACGAUACAUCUAGCCAGACAUUUGGUUUCUGUGCUGCUGCUGUCGUCACGCCUGCCAAGCCAUCAUCUUCAUCAGCAUCAUCAUCAUCAUCGGUAUCAUCUCCCAUGUUAUCAACUUCGAUUGCUGUACAUAGCUCGGUGCUAGUAAUUAAGUCUCCCGAAGAGUCCACAACGAGGCGUCAGAGCCCCGCCCACAUAGAAGAACCCAUGGCAAUGGUGGUUGACGAGCACACGACUCUGUCGAAGCCGGAGCCGAAAAAUAAUCAUACGCACAUCCUGAAAUCAGACUGGUUCUGGUAUACCAUUCAGAAUGGCUAUGCCAACGAGAUGGACUAUCUGUUUGGCGACUAUUUGGAUAGCAUCACGAAUACACCGAAUACAGAUCGUCGGGAUUCGUUACCCAUUAGCUUUAACAAGCGGAAACGUAAGCGUUUUUCGCAACGCAUCCAACUGGAGGGUACACCUUUGGGUUCUGGCAAGCGACGUUCCUCCGUCUCGGAUGCUGGACUUUUGUCAGUGUCAAAUAGUUUAUUUGACUGUACUACAAGUCCGGAUAAACUGGAGUCGGAUAAGCUGCUGCAUGCCGAGCCGGAGGCUAUUGAUACCACACCAGCCAAGAAGUCGAUGCGCUUUAACCACUUCAUGGACUUCUAUACCACAGAAUCCAAUUAUGUGGGCAUAUUGGAUACCAUCCUGAAUCUCUUUAAAAAUAAACUUGAGGAACUGGCCGAAACCAAUGACCCGCUGCUUAAUAAGUCCGAGAUAAAGACAAUCUUCGGCAACUUUCUGCCCAUCCACGAAGUUCAUCAGAGCAUGCUGGAGCAUCUGCGCAAAUUGCAUGCCAACUGGCGGGAGGACUGCCUGAUUGGCGACAUUAUUAUCCAGCACCGCGAUGAUUUGAUUAAGGCUUAUCCGCCAUACGUCAACUUCUUCGAGCAGAUGAAGGAGCAACUGCAGUAUUGCGAUCGGGAAUAUCCCCGUUUCCACGCCUUUCUCAAGAUCAAUCAGACGAAGCCGGAGUGCGGUCGACAAGGUCUGCAGGAUUUGAUGAUCCGUCCAGUGCAACGAUUGCCCAGUAUCAGUUUGCUGUUAAAUGAUAUUCUAAAACACACUAAUGGUAGUAAUGCGGAUCAUGGACGCUUGGAGGAGGCAUUGAAGGCCAUUAAACAGGUGACCCUGCACAUCAACGAGGACAAAAGGCGAACCGAAUCGCGCAUGGCCAUUUUCGAUAUAUUCAACGAUAUCGAUGGUUGUCCGGCGCACUUAGUUAGUUCCAAUCGCAGUUUCAUCUUGAAAUGCGAGGUUAAUGAGCUUUCUGACUCGUUGAGUGGUCGCGGUGAUAGCCUGGUCCUGUACCUGUUCUCUGAUUCCAUUGAGCUCUGCAAGAGGCGUUCGAAGGGUUUCAAUACUGCCAAAUCGCCAAGCACGGCCAAGACGCAUAAGCAUCUCAAGCUGAUAUCGUUAAAUACGAUACGGUUGGUGAUUGAUAUCUCCGAUAGUCCGAGGGCUUUUGGUUUACUCCUGAGGGGCGAUAAGGAGAAGCUAUAUACGUUUACGAUCAGCGAUGAGGAGACGGAUAAGUCGGUCUACGUGAAAAAGUUAUGCAACCAGAUUGCAGCUCAUACGUGCCGAACAGAUGCGGACAAGCUAUUGAUUUAUCGUACCUCCCAGGAAUUGGAGGUGGAUAUUAGCGAUGUGAAUGUCAGUACUCUAAGCAAGGCCUUUAAACUGGCGGCUAAGACGCGACUUAAGGUUGGUCGUGCCUUCUCCUUCAACAAAACACCCAACAAGCUGAAACGUGCAGUUUCCACAAUGAUGACCUCGCCUUUUGGCAGCACCAAUUCGCUAACGCCCGCCUCUCAGCUGGCCCAGAUGCGUUUGGCCAGCUGCACGAAUAUAAAUGAGGUUGAUGAUGAGGACUGUGCCAGCAUGCGAAGUAGUUCGCCAUCAACGCAAUCCGAGAUGCUAGUAGUGCCGCCACUCUCGGUGCAACCCACGCGGAAAAACAAGGCUGUUGUGGGCCGCAUUUAGAGCUGAUGAUAGAAGACUCCGCCGCAGUCAAUUUGUGUAUUCCAUUUUUGAAGUCUCUUUUUGAAGAGGGACUCGCUAUUCCUUGGGCAUGAGUGGCCCAUGUCCAAGUGCUGAUGCUAACUUCGAAUUCGUAAUCUCACAAAAAAACAAAAAACAACCAGAAACAAAUAAUCACGCGUCCAAUAUUGUUUAGAUUGUAAAAUGUUAAGUUAAGUUGCUAUCGAUGUGGAGCUCGCGAAUGUUGAAGCGUUUGCCUGAGCUAUCGAUUGACCAUGAUUAACUUGUAAAUAGUUCUCCAUCUAUAUGUACUAUAUACCGUGCCCGAAUAAUUGUGUCGCGUCGCUAAAUGUAACAAACAAACCUACUCACUAGUCAGUCUGUUUGGACUAGAGAUCGCAUUCACGCACGCACCGAACGAUCGUUUGGAAUGGGUUUCGGUCGAAUGAUCGCCACACCGCAACAAGCUGUGAAUGUUUACUGAGUAAAUUUUUUAAAAGCCCUAUCUUACUAUAUUGAUUAAAGCUCAACGAUUUAGCUUGGCUAGGCAAUUACGACCCUAAGUCGUAAGGCAUUCAAAGCAUGAUGAUGUUUAAGUUAAUAUAUAUAUAUAUAUCUAUGAACAAUGAUUAAAGAAAGAUAUUUUAAAAUCA